AUGAUACUACCACUAUACGCACUGUUGCUAAUUCCACUGGUCAAUGCAUGGACUUUCCGCUAUACCAAUGCAACCGAUGCUACUGAAAUCGCCCGUGGCAAUGAGGCACAGAACUGCACAAAUUCCCCCAUCGGCAAGGAGAAGCUUUUCACCUGGGAUCCCGAGGGAUCAGAUCUAUGCGUCUCUAUAUACCGCGACAUCAAGUGUGAUUCCAGGGCAGGAUACUCGUGCAGUGCAUGGAGGAAGAAUGCCAGUGAAGCGUUUGCGGCUUUCGAUGUGCUACUUGAGCGAGAGAUUGAUGCCAAACACCAAACGUCUACGCUUGCUUUGACAUCUACGUCUACAUCGGCCACAACAUCUACGUCUACGUCCACAUCUACAUCUACGUCCAAGUCUUCAUCUUCAUCCGUGUCUUCGACAUCUGCAUCCGCAAGCACAACCCCUACUGAGGCCGCAGUCUCUGCGGGCAAUGUCAACAGCGACUCCUCCUCUAGUCCAUCACUAUCCAGCGGUGCUAUUGCAGGCGUUGUCGUUGGCGUUGUAGCUGCUGUCGCCAUCAUUGCCGCCUUUGUUGUCAUUUUCAUGAGAAAGAGGAACAAAAAGAAUGCGGCACUUGCUAACCAGCCUGGUGGUUACGGGCCCCAUGAGGCGGAUGCUACUGGAUCAUCUAUCAGCGGUACCACGGCAAUUGCAGAGAAGGAAUCAAACUCAGCUGCACGACCAUUCAGACCUCCGCCUGGAUCCCAGUUUGUUGAGUUGGCUGGCGAUGAAGCGAGUGCCGAGCUAGGCAGCAGUCCAAUCAGUGAGAUGGAUGGUAACAGCACCAAGCGAGAUUUUCAUCGGUUCUAA